GGCCAAGUACUGCUACUAUCACUCUUUAUACCAAGCUCGCUCACUUCCGCAUUUGCAAAGAAAACCUCCUUGCUAGGCACCAGCCGGCUGCCUUGAUCCUCUGCAACUAACCCCACACGCCGCUAAACCCGCCGCCCGAGCGCUGAGAGAGACGAGAGAGAGAGGGAGAGUGACGGUUCCAACUCUACAAAAUCUACAAAAUCCCUUCUCCAGAACCGUGCGCUGCUAGCAAAUCACGUUGUCCCUCAGUUUGUGCGGGAAUCGGUGCAGUUCGUAGAGAGAGAAACUCUCGCUCUUUCUUGUCCUUUUGCUCUGGAGCUCAGCAGCGAUGGGCCUGGCUUAUAAUACAUAUCUCACCAGCAACAAGAUCUAUGGUUGCAAGACAUGCAAGGCUCACUUAGCUAACCACGAGGACAUCAUCUCUCGGAACUUCCGCGGCCAGCAUGGCAAAGCGUACCUGUUCCAUCGAGUCGUCAACAUCGACACCGGCGAUCCCAAUGAGCGAAACAUGACUACUGGUCGACACAUUGUCCGUGAUAUUGCUUGCCACCAGUGCAAGGAAACGGUGGGUUGGAAAUACGACAAGGCUUUUGAGACGUCUGAAAAGUACAAGGAGGGCAAGUUCAUCCUCGAAGCCGAACUGCUAUGUAAUGUUGCUUAACCGGGCCUGCACUUUUAUUUUACCUUGCGUGAAUUUUCUUGGGAUUUGGUAAUUUGUUUUUGAGGUGUUGAGUAGCAGCUAAUUCCAGAGAGAGGCAUUUCUUUUCUUUCC